AUGUUUACGUGUACAACAUGCGACCUCCAGUUUCCAACUCCUGAAGAUCAAAGAACUCAUAUGAAAGGAGAAUGGCAUCGUUAUAAUUUAAAAAGACGUGUUGCACAAUUACCUCCAAUUUCAGAAGAACUCUUUAAUUCCAAAGUUGCUACAUUAGCUGAAUCCGAAGAAGCAGUUACUGACAAUAAGAAGGGAAAAGGUGAAAAACAACUAACUAAGAAAGAACAAAGGAGAAGAGAAAAGGAAGCUUUAUUAGAGAAGAAAAGACAGAUUUUAGAACAAGCAAAGAUGGCAAUGUUGGCGAAGAUGAAAGAAAACGGAGGAGUGUUGCUCAAACCAGAAUCAAAAUUGGAGCAAAAACCACAGCCUGAAGUUGAAGUUGAAGUUGAAGAAACCACCCCAGAAGAAAAGGAACCAGAAGCAGUUGAACAACCUGAAGAAUCCACUGAACCCAAAGAACUUACAGCCGAAGAAGAAGAAGAAAAGCUUCUUGCUGACAAAUUGGCCAACAAGCUUGUUAUCCUGCCAACCACAUGUCUCUUUGCCCAUCCAAAGUAUAAUCACAAAUUCAAUACCAUAGAAGAAAACAUGGACCAUAUGUUUAAACAGCAUGGUUUAUAUAUUCCCGAACAAAGUUAUUUAGUUGAUGCAGAAGGACUUCUCGAAUACCUUGCCGAAAAGAUUGGAUUUGGAUUCUGUAUUGCUUGUAAUUAUCAAGGAAGAACCGCAGAAGCUGCUAGAGAACAUAUGCAACAAAAGAGACAUAUGAGGAUUCCAUAUGAAACUGAAGAUGAAAAACUCGAAAUUUCUAAAUUCUAUGAUUUCUCAUCCACAUAUGCCAAUGUUCCUAAAGUUGCCAAAAAGGUUGUUGUCGUUGAUGGUGAACAGGAGCGAGAAGGAGAUGAUGAAGAUUGGGAAGAUGUUAGCGACGAAGGUGAAGAAGACGUUGAUGACAGUGAAGAAGAACUUGACCUUCCUGAACAAGAUGCUAUUUAUCAAGAUGGACAUGAGUUGAUAUUACCUUCCGGUACAGUUCUUGGUCAUCGUUCCAUGGCCAGAUACUAUAGACAAAACUUAACUCCAGAAAGAGUCCUUUCUGAAGGUCAAGGUACUGUCAUUGCUGCAGAAACUAGACAUAUGUUGACCUUGAAAGAUAGACAAGAAUUGGCUACUAAAAAGAGAGUCUGGGCUAGAGAAAAGAAGAGAGAAGAUGUUAACGAUAGAAGAGCUGCUAAGUUUAUUAAUCAACAGAAACAUUAUAGAGAUGAAUUAUUACAAUAG